CAUCGAUAUUACUGGAUACAUCGUAACUGGGAAUAGCUGCAGGUAUCGUCUGAGAAAAACCACGAUCAAAAAACUCUUUUCAAAUCGCCAAACGAUUGCCGUCUCGUCGGGAGGAUCAAACUACCACUGAGGAUUUAGAAUACUCUUUGAAGCCACAACUAGUAGCUAAUCACCCGCCCGACAAGCAUGUCCCCGAGCUGCGAGCCGGAUCCCGAGCCCAAAGAAAAAACCGACCGCAAUUCCUCGGGUAGUUGCUACCUUUGCGAGGUGUGCGGAAAAACAUUUACCACACUGUUCCACCUGAACACGCACACGCGCGUCCACACGGGCGACAAGCCCUACAAGUGCUACAAAUGUUUGCAAUCCUACAGCCACAAGAGCACCCUCACGACCCACAUGCGCAUCCACACGGGCAUUGUCUACGACAAGUGCGCCAUUUGCCACCGAGCGUUCAACAACUCGAGCAACCUGAAGGUCCACAUGAUGAUCCACACCGGGGAAAAGCCCUUCCCGUGUGCCCUGUGCCCCCAAUCCUUCAGGCACAAGCAUCACCUGGCGAGCCACAUGAGGAUCCACUCGGACGAGGACGACGCCAACUUGGAGUGCUCGGUGUGCCACAAGAUGUUCGGCAAAAGGAGCAGCCUCGCGAACCACAUGCGCAUCCACACGGGCAAAAGUUUCUUCCACUGCUCGGUGUGCGCGAGGAAAUUCAAUCGCAAGGGCAACCUCGCGAAGCACAUGCGCUCCCACACGAAGGAGAAGCCGUACCAGUGCCCGGUGUGCCGUCACUCCUUCGGCUACAAGAACAACCUCACGAGGCACAUGCGCACCCACACGAUGGCGAGGCCCUUCGAGUGCGCCCUGUGCUCGCAAAAGUUCAGCCUCAAGGACACCCUGGCGAAGCACAUACGCGUCCACACGGGCGAGAGGCCCUUCAAGUGCGCCCUCUGUCUGGAGACGUUCAGCCAAAAGAGCAACCUCAACACCCACAAGCGCAUCCACGUGAGCAAAAAGCCGUACGGCUGCUCGUACUGCUCCCUGCAUUUCAGCGACAAGAGCAACCUCACGAGGCACACGCGGAUCCACACGGGUGAGAAGCCUUACGGGUGCUCCGUGUGCUCGCAAACAUUUCGCAUGAAGCACCACCUCACGUACCACACGCGGACCCACGCGAGGGACAAGCGCUUCGAGUGUGCGGUGUGUUUUGCUAAAUUUCAUCAAAAAGACCGACUCGCGAGGCAUGUGCUGGCUCACGAGGACAAAAAGUCCGGGCGACGCUCCGCAAGGUCCCUGGGAAGUAAACAACCUGCGACAUACAAGUCACGUGAGGACAUUUGAUACCUCCAAUCGUCCUUGGCAAUACGAUAAUAUAAACGGUACGAUGAUCGACUAUGCAUGCAUUUUCAUAAAAUACUGCAUCGGUAUUAUCGUUAUCGAAUGCAACGGAGCGAACUGAUGAAAUUUUUAUUUAUUUUUUUUUUGUUUUCGGCGCA